AUGAUGCAUGAAGACUCUCCGAAAAUGAGUGUUACGCAGGGUCUGAACGCUUCGAUGAGCCAGCCAAAGAGUGAUAUGGUGUUGGACGGCACUGUGGAAUAUGAAAUGUCUUCCACAGAGGCCAAGCCGAGCGAAAAUAUACAAAUGGACCUUAAAAUUGCGUAUGCAGAUCCUUUAAAUGAUAAUACGAUUCGUAUUAGAGUCCACUUAGAUUUAUUGCUCUCAAUAAACUUGUUUUGGGACAUGAGGCCUCUGGACGCACCGAGCGACCUCGCCGGACCAAAAGCAGUACCACUGUCACUGGGUAACUGUGUCAGUGUGUCAGUAGGGCGCGCGUCAUCUGCGGCCGUGCCCCCCUCCCCUCCCCCCGGCCCCCCGCCACCACAACACCUCACCCUGCCUCUCCCGCCGCAUCAAGGUCCUUAG